AUGGACAUUGAAACUCCAGUCGAACCCAAAGAACCUCCUCCUUCACCGCCAAUUUUUAUUACAUCUCGAAUUAAGUAUGUUGAUCUAUGUAAUAAAUUGCAAACAAUAAUGAAAAACGAGUUUCUAUUGCAAAUCCACAACGAAAAAUAUAAAGUUAAACCGCUAAUUUGUCAAUUCUUCACAGUAAUAAAGUUACGCAAUGAAAACAACUUUGAGUAUCCGACACAUGCAGAAAAAUCUUACAGAUUUGUUACAUCAUUUUACCUACAUCAUUCAAUUCCAACCAAAUACAUCAAAGAAGAUAUCGAAUCAAACGGAUUCUUAGUGAAAAACGUCACAAAUAUACUAAAACCUCAAACUAAAGAGCCACUUCCAUUAUUAUUUGUGUCCAUCUUAACCCGUUACCAAAUAAUCAAGAUAUCUUUAAAUUAA